AUGCUGUGGGCCUGCUCAGUGGCUCCUCUAGUCCUGCGGCUCUUCAACUCCUGUGGUUCCUGUAGCUCCUUCAACUCCUGUGGCUUCCUGGUAGCUCCUGAGGCCCCUGUGGCUCCUGUAGUUCCUAUGGCUCCUGUCGCUCCUGUGGCUCCUUCAAACUCCUAUGCUGCCGUGAUUCCUAUAAGCUCCUUUGUCUUUCUGUGGCACCUGGACCUCCUGUGGCUUCCUUCAAAACCCAUGUGGAUCCUGUGGCUCCUGUGUCUCUAUGGCUCUGUGGCUCCUUCAACUCCUGUGGUUCCUGUGCUCCUUCACUCCUGUGGUUCCUGUGCUCCUUGGCUCCUGUAUUUCUGUUGUCCUGUAGCUCCUUUAUCUCCUGUAGCUCCUCUGGGCUCAGUGGCUCCUGUAGCUGCCGUGGCUUUCAACGCUGUGGGUUCCUGUGUCUCCUGUAGCUUCCUAUGCUCCUGUACGCUCUGUGGCUCCUUCAACUCCUGUGGAUCCUGUGUCUCCUGUAGCUCCUAUGGCGCCGGUCGCUCCUUCAAAACUCCUGUGGUUCCCUGUAGCUCCUGUGGCUCUGUGGUCUUGGCUCUAGCUUAG